UCUCUCUCUCUCUCUCUCUCUCUCACACACAAACACAGACAAAGAUGAAGAACAAUGUCAACAACGGCACAAAGCUUAUCCUUCUCCAUCCCUACAUCCAAAAGCAAGGAAGCUCCAAUCGUCUAUGGCUUCUAGCUUUCAUUUCAUUUUUCACUCUAGCCUUCCUUCUCACCCUCAUCUACACUAGAGAAUCCAUCACCACAACCACCCACACAGCUGCGUUGGCCGCUACCGGCUCCUGGAAUCCUCCCUUAUCAAAAACUGUGGUCAAGGCCCUUGUCCACUACGCUUCAAACUCCAACCACACCCACCGCAUGUCAUACACCGAUAUCAAACAAAUCUCUGACGUCCUCCGGCAAUGCUCAUCUCCCUGUAACUUCCUCGUUUUCGGCCUUACCCACGAAACCCUUCUCUGGAAAGCCCUCAACCAGCAUGGCCGUACUGUUUUCAUUGACGAAAACCGGUAUUACGCUGCAUACAUGGAGGAAAAAUACCCAGAGAUUGAAGCUUAUGAUGUGCAGUACACGACCAAAUUGAGAGAAAUGAAGGAACUUAUAGCAUCAGCAAGAGCACAGGUACACAAUGAGUGCAGGCCAGUACAAAACCUAUUGUUUUCUGAAUGCAAGCUUGGACUUAACGACCUACCUAACCAAUUCUACGAUGUGGAUUGGGAUGUUAUAUUGGUCGACGGACCACGAGGGUACGCACCAGACCAACCCGGUCGUAUGUCGGCCAUCUUCACCGCCGGCGUGCUUGCAAGGAGCAAAAAUGGUGGCAACCCAAAAACACACGUUUUUGUGCAUGAUUUCAAUGCAGAGGCGGAGAGAGCUUCCAGUGAUGAGUUCUUGUGCAAAGAGAAUUUGGUGAAGUCUAAAGAUUUGCUUGGGCAUUUUGUCCUGGAAAAAAUGGAUGCUAAUAGCUUCCAGUUCUGUCGCAGCCAUUCAUCAUCAUAGGAUGAUGACUUCUUCGUCCUAAUCGUAGUUACCAUCACCAAAUUAUACUCCUUUUUGGGUCAAUGUUAUAAAGAAGUAAAUUUGGUUAUUUAUGAUAUAUUAAAUGUUUUCAGGUUUUUCUUAUGAUGAGUGAGGGCAUGUAAAAAUAAUUCUUUUGGGAAUGGUAAACUUUAUUUUCCCUGGAUGAAAUGGAAUUGUUUGUCAUUU